CCGCCCCACGUCCCAGUUGCGUGCAGCGCGCUCGGGCUUGAGCGGUGAUGGCUGCCGUUCUGCAGCGCAUCGAGCGGCUGUCCAGUCGGGUGGUGCGCGUCCUGGGCUGUAACCCGGGUCCCAUGACUCUGCAAGGCACCAACACCUACCUAGUAGGGACCGGCUCCAGGAGAAUCCUCAUUGACACUGGAGAACCAGCAGUUCCAGAAUAUAUCAGCUGUUUAAAGCAGGCUCUGACUGAAUUUAACACAGCAAUCCAGGAAAUCAUAGUGACUCAUUGGCACCGUGAUCAUACUGGAGGCAUAGGAGAUAUUUGCAAAAACAUCGAUAAUGACACUGCCUAUUGCAUUAAAAAACUCCCACGGAAUCCUCAGAGAGAAGAAAUUAUAGGAGACGGAGAGCAACAAUAUGUUUAUCUGAAAGAUGGAGAUGUGAUUAAGACAGAGGGCGCCACUCUAAGAGUUUUAUACACACCUGGCCACACUGAUGAUCAUAUGGCCCUACUUUUAGAAGAGGAAAAUGCUCUCUUUUCUGGAGAUUGCAUCCUGGGAGAAGGAACAACUGUAUUUGAAGACCUCUAUGAUUAUAUGAACUCCCUAAAAGAGUUAUUAAAAAUCAAAGCUGAUAUUAUAUAUCCAGGACAUGGCCCAGUAAUCCAUAAUGCGGAAGCUAAAAUUCAAGAAUACAUUUCUCACAGAAAUAUUCGAGAGGAGCAAAUUCUUUCAUUAUUGCGUGAUAAUUUUGAAAAAUCAUUUAGAGUGAUGGAGCUUGUAAAAAUUAUUUACAAGAAUACUCCUGAGCAUUUACAUAAAAUGGCUGAACAUAAUAUCUCACUUCAUUUGAGAAAAUUAGAAAAAGAAGGAAAAAUAUUUAGCAGCAUGGAUCCUGACAAGAAAUGGAAAGCUAAUCUUUAGUGUCAGAUUAAUGAAAGAUUUUGCUGUUUUGUUUUUAGAGAAUGGUUUCUCAUCAUUUUACCAAAACUUCAGGAUCCAACAGUUUACCCACUUUCAAUCGAUUAAGUAAAAUGGUUAUUUGAAAAAUAAUAAAUUUAUGUAAUUUAACUCUUUUGCUACAUUGAUUUCCACAAAAAACAAAAAAUUGGUAUUUUGACUAUUUUAUGUAUUUAAUAAUAACAAUUUGAGCUGCUUUGUAUAUAAACGGCAUUAUUUUUAUGUAUAAAAAUUUCAGAUAGAUUCAUUUGGAUAUAUCCGACCGUCACAGCAACAGGAUUUAAAUUGGAUAUUAUUGUACCAGCAGCUAGUAACAAUACUGUUUUCACCAGCUGCUUCAGUUAACAGCACAGAUUUCUAUGUAAUCCUUCCUUUUCUGCAACCCUUGUCUGUAUAUGUAGAUAACCGCUUUGUUUUCAUGUUUCUAUCAAUUAUAUCAUUAUUAUGGAUUAGUUCUAUAGUUCUGUAUCACAUAUAUUUUCUUAUAAUGGUAAUCCCACAAAUGAUUCAUGCACAUCAACUUUUGGUAAUUAAAAAAUAUUACAUUUCCAGUUAAAGGCAUUAUAUAGUAAUUAUUUCUGUAAUCCAUGAGUACAACCAAGUUACUUUCCGAGUUUAGGUUUUAGUAUAGAAAUAGUCAUCAGCAUAUAUGUGAAUUAUACAGCUCUUUUAAUUAGUGGAUUAUAAAAACAGGGCAUUUUUUAAUAUAAAUAGUGUUCUUAAAUAGUGGUUAAGUUCUCAGGGUAGCCCACCAAUGCUUAUUUAACCCGUAAGGUUGCGAAGCUCCAAUACUAAACUGAGCUCAGAACCCUAAAAAUGUAUUUUCUUUACUUUUCCCUAAAGGUAAGACUUACUUUUUUUUUUUUUUUUUUUAACUUUCUUUAAUAUCCUCCUCUUUCUGCUCCGUUUCCCAAGGUCCCUAGCAUUUUCAAACUAUUCUGAACACUUAUUUUCAUGCCCUGGAGACCUGUUUUGUUCCUGAAACCAUCCCAUAUUACAAAAUAACUGUGAACUCAACAACAAAAAAACAAAUAACCCAAUGCAAAUAUGGGCAUAGGACUUAAAUAAACAUUUCUCCAAAUAAGAUAUGCAAAUGGCCACAAAGCACA